AUGUCUUCCUGCUCUGCAGCGCAGGCAACAAUCGACGAGCACACGCUCGCGACAAUGUCUUUGUGCAACCACUCCCAAGGCGCAAUCCUCUCUCCCACCCCGCGCGCACUUUCCUUCCCCACCCACCAUUCCAUGCUCGUCAUCACCCUCGAUGGUCCCACACCGCGUGCAUUUACAUUCCCCAGUGCCGUCCACGACUCCAUUUCGAACGGAAGCAGUGGCCCACCACUCACCCUUCCUGAGCCGAGUCCGUCCACACCGUUCACUUCACUCUCUCCCUUCGAGCCGAGCAUGCAACGCGCGCGCACAGACACGGCUUUACCUGCAGCUCAAAUCAGCUCCUCCAACGCUCCGGAUCUCAACCUUGGUGCACCACUCACAUUCGCUGUACGCCGUUGCGGUGCAGCCUCAGCCUCCACAAAACGCGCUCGUGAGGAGGAGUUUGCUGAGCAGAAGCGAGUGCUCGAGGCGCAGCGUCAGCAAGAAGCGGAGCUGUGA